GUCACUGUUUAAUUAUAAAAUGUAAUGUAAGUUGCUUGAAAUCCGAAGUAUUUCUUUUGUCUUAUUAUAAGAAUAUGGCAUCGUCUAAGAAAUCUAAAGGUGAGAGCACAAGAAAGCCAAACUGGCUUGAACUUCCAAUAGACUUGACCAAGAACAUACUCCAAAGACUUGAUACCCUUGAUAUUCUGAUAAGUGCACGUAAUGUUUGUCCUCUGUGGUGGCACAUUUGUAAGGAUCCGUUAAUGUGGCGAACCAUUCACAUGAUUGGUAAUUUUGACAAUUUUUGUUUUGAUUUUCGUUGUUUGGAGAAGAUUUGCCGGUGUGCCAUUGAUCUAAGUUGCGGUCAUCUCGAAGACAUUGCUAUUGGAAAAUUUGGGACUGAUGACCUUCUCGAGUAUAUUGCUCAUAGGGCAAGUAAACUAAGGAGGUUACAAAUAUCUAACAGUCAUGGCAUUUCAAAUAAAGGGCUGAAUCAAUUUGUGAAAAAGUUUUCACUAUUAGAAAAGCUUGACAUUGCCUUUAUGGAUAAUAUAUCCAAGGAUUCUCUUGAAGUGAUUGGUAGAUGUUGCCCUAUUUUGAAGUCACUAAAUCUUGAGAUGCUGACGUUGCACUUCAACAAGUUCCGUAAGUUUGGUGAUCAGGUUUUUGCUAUUGUAAAAACAAUGACUGGGUUACGUCAUCUUGGAUUCUCUGGAAUUGUGAUUGGCAAUGAUGAGUUGGUUGCCAUUCUUGAUGGUUGCCCUCUUCUUCACUCGCUUGAUCUUCGACAUUGUUUUUGUCAUCAUUUAAGGUGUGAAAGUACUUUAAAAAGGUGCCAUCAACAAAUCCAAGAUUUACAACUUCCAUGUUUUGGUUACAACGAUGAGUACGAUGAUGGUUUAGCUUAUGUUGACACUUUUGAAGAUACAUAUGCUAAUGAAUAUUGGGAGUAUUAGAUAGUAGUAAUUGUUUUCAUCCAAAAUGUUGAUGAUGUUGCUUUUAAGUAAUUU